AGUGCUGUAAACACAAAUGGAGAUACUGACCCUAGUGCCCCUAUCCCCAGAAAGGGUGAUAUUAAUGGAAAUAUAUCCUUAUCUGUUGAUAACAUUAGUGAAGACAUGGAUAAUUUCGAGGAAAGAAACAAAAAGAGGUCUCGUUGUGCUACUGUACCCCCUCUAAACAGCAUUUCCCCUAAGCAAUCGAUCCCAACUCUCCUCAAUUCUUCAACCAAUCGGUCUAAUCAAACAAAUCUGGAUAUUGCUGCUACUACGAUGACUCAUAAUUUUUUUGAAACAAAUUCUGGCAACCUAAUUGAACCCAUGGAUGGUGUGGAAAUGGAGGAACUUGAAGAGGAAACUGCAGUUGAAGACAACCUUACUCUGAUUAAUAUCACGGGGGCUGCUAAAAAGGGAACUUCCUCGGGUGCAAGACCAUCUCAGGCCUAACAAGAAACGCUGAAGAAGCCGAAAGUCUUGCUAUCUUAAAAGUCGUACUCUGGGCAAAGGCGCAAGUAAAGGUCGACAUCUGCGUUAUAAGUGAUGCAAAGUAGUUUUAGAUUGUUUGAAUUAAAAUAAUAACCAAUUAAGUUGGUUUAACAACUAUAUUCUAGAUGAUUGUAAGUCGUAUUUGGAUUCCUUUUAGUUCUAUCUGAUUUGAAUUCUUAAAUAGAAGUUUUACACACUUGGCGAUAUUGCAGCCAAAUACUGUAGAACCUCUAGGAUCAAUGGGGAAUGGUUUGGAAUUAAACCAAAUUUCCUCUCAGGGCAAAUGUAAUUCAUUUUUUUAGUGAAAUUGUUUUCUUAGCAAAAAAAAAACAAACUUAGCUUGAAUA